UUAAAAAUUAAAUACAAUGUCUUCAAAAUUCUUGGCAGAAUUAUCUAACGAUUACGAAAAACUUUUUGAGACAGAAAUGGGAUAUGACGUUAUUAUUUAUGCCGGUGAAGAUCAAUAUCAUGUUAAGGAAAUCCAUGCUCAUUCAAAUAUUUUAUCUAUUAGGUCUCAAUACUUUCGCUCCGCAUUUUCUAAUGAAUGGGCUGAGAAAAAAGAUGGAAAAUUUAUUUUCAAAAAGCCUAACAUUUCUCCACAAUUAUUUAAUAUUAUUCUUAGGUUUAUUUAUUGUGGAAAUAUUGAAUUAAAGAAUUUACAAGGUCCUGAUGUAUUGAAAUUGUUAAUUGCAGUUGAUGAACUCAAUAUUCAUUCUUUGGUUUCUCAUAUUCAAGAAUUUUUGAUUGAACAUCAAACUGAAUUUUUAUAUCAAAAUCCAACUGAAAUUCUUGAAACUGUUUAUCAACAUGAAACAUUUACAGAUUUAUGGAAUUUCUGCCUUGAAAAAAUUUGUGAUGAACCUAAAGUUUUAUUCAAUUCUGAUAAAUUUAUUGAUUUAAAAGCUCCUUUAUUAGAAUUAUUGUUAAAAAGAGAUGAUUUAAAUAUGGAUGAAAUUGAAAUUUAGGAAAAUUUGUUAAAAUGGUGUUUUUCUCAACAAAAUAUGAAGAAUGAACCAUUUAAAUGGAAUAAAGAAGAUAUUACAAAGAUUGAGAGGGCAUUGUACAGAUUUAUUCCUGUAAUUCGAUUUUAUGAUAUUGAACCUACAGACUUCUUUUAUAAAGUUUAUUGUUAUAAAGAUAUCUUACCAUACGAUUUAAUACAUGAUCUCUUGGAAUUUCAUAUAGUUCC